UGAAGAUAACUUUAAGUUGAAGGGACCAGAUUAUUAACAAUAUGCCUACGUUAUAAGUAAACUUUAAUUUAAUCAACAUUUUCUAUUGCUUUACUCUUUCUCUACUCUAUUUUACUUUUUUGACCAACUUUUUUUUUAGCUAUUACUAAAGUUCCUUUCAAGAUGGCGGGCCCCAUCCCAGCAUGCAACACUGUGUGUCGGGCUGUACCGUUAUAUUUCCUUCAAAACACAUAAUUUUUCAUCAUAAGUAUUGAAAUAUGUUUAACAACCCAGUUGUGAACAGUAUUUAUGUACAUUAUUACAUAAGCGGAACUUUUAGUCUUAUUUUUGCUUUGUAAGUUGUAUCCCAACGGUGCUUAGACAUUCAUUUUUAUACAUUCAGUGAUACAUAUUUUAGUUAAGAAAGUAAAGUUAGGUUAUCGUGUUAGUUUUUACGGCUUUCUCGAUUAUUGUUGCUGAAACUUGCAGCAGCAACAGGAGAUUAUAUUUCUGAACUGAGCGCUUCAAAGCAAAACCCGAUCCGCUGCUGUUACGUAACACUCGGUGACAUAACACUCCAGGCUAGGCCGGUCCGCCGAGGGGGGGUGAGUGCUGUGGCAACGGCCGGCCGGUCCAGCUGCACUCUCUGCGUUGUUGCCACGGGGGAGUCACCUCACAUCCACACCAGGGGCGGUUUAGCCUCCUGCAGGCCGAGAGAGAAGGGGGGCAAAGAGGAGAUGAAGGCCGAGCUCCAGGACCCGUAAGGACACAGGCGAGAUGGCAAUGCACAUUUUCAAGUGUCUGCGCCGGCCAGGGCGCUAGAGCAAACAGGUGAGUCCAGUCAUGCGUGGAUCAAACAGGUGCUGAGAGGUUAAGAAAAUAAAAGCCGGCUGACUUCUGCACUUUUUUGUGUUGUCUGGCUGAGAGGUGAGUGUGUGGGACCAUCCAGUGUUUUGACCAGAGAGUUAUGGAAUAUGAGGAUGCAGAGCUGACUCCCACUGACGCCCCCAGCAAAAAAGAUCAAAUCUAAACUGAGUCAGACAUAAAAGCUUGGAGGCUGUUUGUCCAAGAAGACCCACCUGACCCAGAUUGAAGUUAUCCCCUGCAAGAUUUGUGGCGAUAAGUCUUCUGGAGUCCAUUAUGGAGUCAUCACCUGUGAAGGCUGCAAGGGAUUUUUCCGGCGCAGUCAGCUGCCCACUGUGUCAUACUCCUGCUCCAGACAAAGCAACUGCCAGAUCGAUCGGGCCAGCCGCAACCGCUGCCAGCACUGCCGGCUGCAGAAGUGCUUGGCGCAGGGCAUGAGCAGAGACGCGGUGAAGUUUGGUCGGAUGUCCAAGCGGCAGCGUGACUCUCUGAUCGCGGAGGUGGAGCGGCACCGGCAGCAGCAGAGGCAGCAGCAGCAGCUUCAGGGAGACCACCAGGCUGCGUUGUCCUACCCCACCAAGAGCCGGCAGGACCGCUCCCCGCAGCUCCUCCAGCCCAUGCCCACCGCCUACUCCUACGCUGGAGACGCGGACCUGCUUUACGCCGCUGACGUCCACCCUUACCACAAGUGCUGCCCCAACGACUCGCAGGUUUCCGGAAUGAUUAACAGAAUCGGCUGCGUCUCUCCUAUCUCAAGGUCACAGGGAAGAGGGGACAACAGUGGACACUCUGAUGUUAGAGUAGGAUUUGAAUCCAGACAGCAGCCCCGUGAUCUGAUGGCUUUUCAUUGCUACAACGCUCAAGAGGACACCUAUGCUUUCUAUCCUCAUUCCGUUCGAAACAUCGAGGAUCUGUGUGCCAGCAUUGUGCGCUCCCACAGAGAGACCAGCCAGUACAGACUGGAGGAGCUGCAAGCUCUCAGAUGGAAACUGUUCAGCAGGGAGGAGAUCCAAGCAUACCAGAGCAAGUCUGAGGAUGAGAUGUGGCAGCACUGUGCCAUACGGCUCACUGACGCCGUGCAGUACGUGGUGGAGUUUGCGAAGCACAUCCCAGGCUUCCGUAUGCUCAGCCAGAACGACCAGAUCGCUCUCUUGAAGACAGGCUCCCUGGAGGUGGUUCUGGUCAGGAUGAGCCGCUUCUUCAACUCAGAGAACAGCACCGUGUUCUUUGAUGGGAAGUUUGCUGGACCUGAAGUCUUCAAAUCCUUGGACUGUGUAGAUUUGAUCGAGGCCGUGUUUGACUUCGCUUACGGCAUGAGCGCUUUAAAGCUCACCGAACAGCAGAUUGCACUUUUCAGCGCGCUGGUGCUGAUCAAUGCAGACCGUCCAUGCCUGGAGGACAGAGGCAGAGUUCAGCGGGUGCAAAGGAGUGUGGAGUUGGGACUCACGCACAUUUUACACAGAGACAACCAGGAAAAUCUGAUGCACAAGCUGUACCAGAGGAUGGCGGUGUUGCGCUCGCUGUGCAGCCUGCACAUGCAGAAGCUGCACUGGUUCAGCCAGCGGUAUCCCCUCACGGCUCACUCUCUGUUUCCUCCGCUCUACAAGGAGCUGUUUGCAUCCGAGGCAGAGCUGCUGCCCGUGACCCCACACUGAUCGCUCGCAAACAGUCGCAAACGCACCAGAGUGUAGGCGUGUUUUAACUCUCAACUUUCCAGCUAAAUCUAUUUUUCUAAUGACGAAAAAUACAUUUGAAAAAAGCACUGUAAUCCAAAUAUAUAUAUUUUUUUGUUGAUUAUGUCAAGCAGAAAUUGAAAUAUUUUGAUAGCUAGAACAUGAUUAUUUCAGGGAAACAGCAUGUUGAUGUAUGUGAAGAUGCUUUUUUUUUUUCCUCAAGAUGUAUUUUUGUGAUUCUGUCUGGUCGUAGCUGCCGUCUGUCUCGGGGAGUUCAUACACAGCUAUUCAAAGAAGCAGGAUGAAGGUCAGCAACAGUUGCUCCAGAAGUCCAAAAACGUUGAAAAAAAAAACGUUUCGAUUUUUUGAAAAUACGGAAAAAACGUUUGCAAACUGAGCUCAUUUUUUGUUGUCAAAAAAUAAAUCAAUAAAGUUGCAACAAACGCUUUAAACCAACUUAAAACAACCGUUUUCUCCUCUGUCAUUCAAACUAAUUACAGAAGCAUUUUAAUGUGAUUUUUUUUUUUUCAUCUUUCUUUGCUGACUUUCAUGUAAUGUGCAUCAAGGUUUCGGCAGCAGCAUUAUGAUAAUAAACACAAACCUAACCUCAGUAAACCUCAGACAUGAAGGCUUUAGCAGCAACAAACCUGCUUCUUUCUUUCUGUGUCUUUAGAGGCGUUUUUUUUUUUUCUGCUGGCUGGUGUCACAGACCAAGCAAUACAAAUCCUGUGAGAUGCAAAACUACUAAAAUAUUCCCUUUUUGUGUACCUUUCUCCGGCAAAUGUCAAGGUUUUGUUGAUGCUGAAAUACUGUGGAUUUUUGUUCUUUUCCCUUUUUUUGCCUCCAACUGUUCUGUGUUGGUUUUCAUAUCAUUGAGUAAAGUUGGAGAAAAGCUGAGCUUUUCAGCAUUAAAUACUGUCUGUCUUAAUGUAGUUAUCUCUGUGACUUGAACAAAUGAUCCCAAUUCUUGUUUGAUUCUUGAAUAAAAGCUGUGACACCAAA